GUUUUAGAGCGAUCAAGUUCUGCAGGCGGAUUUUACGAGGGCUGAAAAUCUGAUCAUUGUUUCAAACUUUCCAUCAAAGAUGCCAGUGACUCAAGAGGAAAGUGAAUAUGAGAAGCAGCGACGUUUAAGGAUUGCAGAAAACCAAGCUAUGAUCGACAGUCUUUUUCCUAAAGAGUUGAAGCUGCCCGCCCUAUCUUGCGCGAAAUCACCGAAGGCCGGUCGCGUGAAGAAACGAAGAUCAGAUAUUCCCGAUAUUUUGCUACCCAGAAGAAAACUUCCAAAACGAAAAGCGAGAUCUUAUGUCAGCAAGUAUGAUUCAGAUAACGAGGACGCCGAAGACGUUGAAAACGCCGAAGAAAAUGUGUACUCACCCAAUACCAUGAUCGUCAAAUUAUGGCCGUCUUUGCACAACAAACGCGGCAGACGAGGCUCGAGUGCAUCAGACAGCGAGGAUUCGGGCGGUUCCUCCCCGAAACGUAAGCGUCGAUCGCCAAAGCGACAGCCUAAACCAGCGAUAGAGAUCAGCGAAGAAGAUUUGAUCUUGGUAGCAGAGCGAGUAGCUGACAAGAAUUACGACGCCGAGAAUGGUACAACGUGUCAUCAAUGCCGACAGAAAACCGACGAUCUCAAAACGGCGUGUAGAAAUCCGGCAUGUGUUGGUGUACGAGGUCAAUUUUGUGGACCGUGCCUCAGGAAUCGGUACGGAGAAGAUGCCAAGAAAGCUUUGAUGGAUCCGGCAUGGGAUUGUCCGCCAUGUCGAGGAAUUUGUAACUGCAGCUUUUGCAUGAAGAAGCGGGGUCGCCGAUGCACCGGAAUUAUGAUUCAUCUGGCCAAGGAACGUGGUUAUAACGACGUGAAAUCUUUCUUGGGCGAUUAGUGCAUGCUGUGAAGUUUUA